AUGGUGAACAUCUUUACGAUUACGGCCGACAAGGGCCUACGGGACGCUGGUCCUGACGCACUCCAUAUCGCAUCCUUCGCCUGGUGCCGUAACUACUACCUGCUGCAGCCCGAGCACUGCUUCGUGAUCGACGACGGACAUGGAAGAGCCGUGGGCUACAUUAUUGGCACACCCGACACUCGGACCUUUGCGCAGCAGCUGCGCGAAGAGUUCCUUGCCUACCUCAAUGAGCAGAACCUACCGAGGCCUGGGCCAGAUGAGAACACGAACUGGGCGGAAAACAUAACUGCUGCUCUGCGAAGUUACUUGCACAAUCCUGAUCAGCUUGUUCACCAAGAGUGGCCAGAGCUCAUGCGCGAUCAUCCUGGGCAUCUCCACAUUGACAUUCUCCCGCCGUAUCAGGGGAAGGGUAUGGGAAGACAGCUGAUGAGCACUUUCCUCGAGCACAUGAGGCGGCUUGACUGCAGAGGUGUCCAUCUCGGGAUGGUGAGUUCCAACGAAGGCGCAGAGAAGUUCUAUACGCGGCUGGGUUUCACAAGGUUCCCAAAGGUCAUAGAUGACGGUGCUAGCGGCGAGCAGGGCAGACUCGGAAAUACCACAUACAUGGUCUGCAAGUUGCCGACCGCGCUGCCUUGA